AUGGAUGAUUUUGGAGACAACUUUGUACAAACUGAAGUAGACCCAGCAGCAGAAUUCUUAGCUCGGGAACAAAACCAGCUAGCAGGGCUCGAAGAUGAACUAGAAACUGGUGCUCCGCCCCCACUUGCUGUCUCAUCGGGCAGCAAUGGACUUGACGAUUUCGUUGAAAUACCAAGUUCUGCAGUAUUUGAAGCUAAUGAUUUGAUGGAUGACGAACCACCUGCACCCGCCGUGGCUCCUGUGACACCAGUGUUCCGUCAGGAAAGAGAAGAACCAGAAAAGAUAAAACUAUGGAGAGAAGAACAGAAAAAAAGGUUGGAAGAAAAAGAUGCUGAAGAAGAAGAAAAGAAGCAAGAAAUGUUAAAAGUAGCUAAAAAAGAGCUGGAAGAUUGGUAUAAAACUCAUGAGGAACAAAUAUCGAAGACCAAAGCAGCUAACAGGCAUUCUGCUAAAAAUGCAGAGAAGGCUUUAGCAAGAGGUUCGGAAGAUGGACUCGAGGAUUCCAAUGAAUGGGCUCGUGUUUCUGAACUGUGUGACUUUGGGCCUAGACGUGGACGUGACGUAGCUCGUCUACGAUCCAUUGUACUGCAGUUGAAGCAGUCAGGAGUUCGUCCCAAAUAUCCACCACGCACCACCAAGGUGUAA